AUGGAUAUCGAGAUAUUGUUGGCGCUGCAAGAGGCGAGAUACAUGGAAAAGCUGAAACUGAAAAUUCCAGACUCUCUACACACCCUUGUGCUGAACGGAAAUAAGAUCAAAUCUCUCCGUGGCAGACUAGAGCAGGUGAUCGGAGACUACAAGCAAAGCCUAUCCAGCAUACCGAACAACGUACAGGAUCGGCUGUCUGCUCUUGACGACGUGCGGCACAUGGAGAUGGAAUUCGACCGCGUGGUGAAGCCCAUCGAGGACACGUACGAGAUGAUGGCGCGUCACGACAUCAGCGACGUCGUCACGGACACCGAAUACGUAGAGAACAUCAGCUACAAAUGGAAGCGACUCGUCGCGCUUGCACGUGUGGCGCAAGACAACCUCGUAGUAAUACAGCCAGCAUUAAAGGCAGACCUCACUUACAAGAUUGACUUCUUAAAGGAAGCAGUGGAAGCCUUUGCAAAUGAUUACAAUACCAGGGGCCCCAUGGUUCAAGGUCUUCCACCAGAUAUUGCUCUAGAUAGAAUUGCAAUAUUUCAAGCAAAGUUUGAUGAGCUGUGGGCAAAGCACACGUCCUACUCAUGUGGUGAACAACUGUUUCAUCUGGAAAUAUCAGAAUAUCCAGAACUCACACGCAUUAAGAAACAGCUAGGCCUUCUGCAGAGGUUAUACCAGCUGUACAGUUCCGUGAUCACGACUAUGGAGAGGUACCAGAAGAUGUCGUGGCUGUCUAUCGACACGGAGAAGCUCGGCCAAGACGUACUUGACUUCCAGAACAGUUGUUGGAAGCUACCGAAGUCGAUAAAGGAGUGGUCAGCCUACAACGAACUCAAGAAGAAGAUCGAUGAUUGGAACGAGACGGUGCCCUUGCUGGAGCUGAUGGCAAACAAAGCCAUGCAGCAAAGACACUGGGACAAAAUUGCAUUCGUGACUGGCUAUAAACUGAAUGUCAACAUGGAAGGCUUUCUACUGAAGGAUCUAAUGAACGCCACACCGUUAGAGCACAAGGAUGACAUUGAGGAAAUCUGCGUGUCGGCAGUAAAGGAAAACGACAUCGAAGGCAAGCUGAACUCAGUUGUGACUGAGUGGGAGACUCAAACCUUCUGCUUUACUCCAUUUAAGCACCGUGGAAACCUGCUAUUAAAAGGUGAGCACAUGUUGGAGCUGAUCUUACUCAUGGAGGAUAACCUGAUGCUGCUUAGCUCUCUCAUGAGCAACAGAUACAACGGCCCGUUCAAGCUGACCAUCCAGACAUGGGUGCAGAAGCUCACAGGCACGACAGAGGUACUGGAGAUGUGGAUGGCCGUACAGAACCUGUGGGUGUACAUGGAAGCUGUCUUCGUCGGAGGUGACAUUUCUAAACAAUUGCCGCAGGAAGCGAGGCGGUUUCAGAACAUCGACAAGUCGUGGUCGAGGGUCAUCGUGCGAGCGCAGAAGGUCACCAACGUCGUGCAGUGCUGCGUUGGCGACGAUUUUCUUGGCGUGCUGCUGCCGCGACUGCAAGACCAACUCGAAAUCUGCCAGAAGUCGCUCAGCGGCUACUUGGAGAAGAAGCGUCUCGUGUUUCCUCGCUUCUUCUUCGUGUCCGAUCCGGCCCUGCUGGAGAUCCUUGGGCAGGCGAGCGACCCUCACACCAUACAGGCUCACUUACUCAGCGUGUUUGACAACACCAAGGCAGUUGUGUUCGAUGAUGACGAGUACGAGAAGAUACUAACGAUGGUCUCACAAGAGGGAGAGACGAUAGACUUGGAGCAACCCGUUUACGCUAAGGGAAAUGUGGAAGUGUGGCUCGGAGAGUUUCUAAAGGCAUCUAUGCGGAGCAUCCAAGGCAUCGUCAACAACGCCGUCACCGACAUGGACGGCGAGAACUUCAACAUGUUUGACUUUCAGACAAGCUUCCCCGCGCAGGUGGGUCGGUUAGGAAUGCAGGUGAUGUGGACGAAGGAAGCCGAGGCCGCUCUUCAGGUAGCGGCCACCGAGCGUAAAGCGAUGCACGCCACGAGCCAGCGCUUCAACGACAUGCUGAAGCAGCUUAUCGACAUCACGCUGAAGGAGCUCAUGCCGAUGGACCGCGUCAAGUUCGAGACUCUCGUCACGAUACACGUUCAUCAGCGAGACAUCUUCGACGACAUGGUGAAACAGCACGUGACGUCGCUGAGCGACUUUGAUUGGCUGAAGCAGUCUCGCUUCUAUUAUCACCACGACACAGAGCAGAGCGUCGUUUCCAUCACCAACAUCGACUUUCUCUACCAGCACGAGUUCCUGGGCUGCACUGAAAGACUUGUCAUCACUCCCCUCACUGACCGGUGCUAUAUCACCCUGGCUCAGGCACUGGGAAUGUCAAUGGGAGGAGCACCGUCGGGGCCUGCCGGAACGGGGAAGACAGAAACUAUCAAGGACAUGGGACGCUGUCUAGGGAAGUACGUCAUUGUGUUCAACUGCUCCGAUCAGAUGGACUACAGGGGCCUGGGUCGGAUCUUUAAAGGACUAGCGCAGUCUGGCUCCUGGGGCUGCUUUGACGAGUUUAACCGCAUUGAACUGCCAGUGCUAUCAGUCGCUGCUCAGCAGAUCGCCGUGGUUCAUUCAGCAAGGAAGGACAAGAAGAAGCAGUUUACAUUCACGGACGGUGACACGGUCUUCCUCAAUCCAGAGUUCGGCUUCUUCCUUACUAUGAACCCUUCCUACGCGGGACGGGUGGAGCUACCGGAGAAUCUGAAGGUGCAGUUUCGCUCCGUAUCGAUGAUGGUUCCGGAUCGACAGAUCAUCAUUCGCGUGAAGCUAGCCAGCAGCGGCUUCCAGAACAACGUAGUUCUUGCCUCCAAGUUCUACACACUGUACGUCCUGUGCGAGGAACAGCUAACCAAACAGGUACACUAUGACUUUGGUCUGAGAAACAUACUGUCAGUGCUACGGACGCUAGGGGCAUUCAAGCGUUCAAAUCCCCAGGACAGCGAAUCAAUGAUCGUCAUGCGUGUUCUACGAGACAUGAAUUUAUCUAAGCUGGUGGACGAGGACGAGCCACUGUUUCUGUCACUCAUCAACGAUCUAUUUCCGGGCAUGAAGCUCGACAAGGGCCGUUACCCGGACAUCGAAGCCGCUAUCCAGCAACAGGUUACCAAACUUGGAUUGAUAAAUCAUGAGCCAUGGGUACUGAAGUUGAUGCAGCUAUACGAGACGCAGCGAGUGAGACAUGGUAUGAUGACCUUGGGCCCGUCUGGUUCUGGCAAGUCUACUUGCAUACAGGUACUGAUGAAAGCCAUGACAGAGGUGGGCGUUCCACAUAAAGAAAUGCGUAUGAAUCCCAAAGCAAUCACUGCCGCUCAGAUGUUUGGUAAGCUGGAUGUGACUACCAAUGAUUGGACGGACGGCAUCUUCUCGGCCCUUUGGAGAAAAACGCUCCGGACUAAAAAGGGCGAGCACACGUGGAUCGUACUCGAUGGACCGAUCGACGCCAUAUGGAUCGAGAACCUCAACUCCGUUCUGGACGACAACAAGACGCUGACACUCGCCAACGGUGACCGCAUCCCGAUGUCGCCGAGCUGCAAGGUUAUCUUCGAGCCGGACAACAUCGAGAACGCGAGUCCGGCGACUGUGUCCAGAAAUGGCAUGGUCUACAUGAGCUCCUCGGUGCUCGACUGGAACCCAGUGCUGCGAGCUUGGAUGAAGAAGCAACCAAAGGGCAUGGCAGAUCGGCUACUGAAUCUUUUCCAAUGGAACUUUGAAUCGCUGUACAACUUUGUGGAAGUGCACUUGAAUGCGAAAAUGUCGGUGUUGCAGAUCAACUACAUCAAGCAGGCGAUCAAUUUGCUAGAAGGUCUAAUUCCACGCGACGGUGAGGGCAAUGUGCGUGAUCACAACCCUGUUCUGCUGGAGAGGUUGUUUGUCUUUACCUGUAUGUGGUCACUGGGAGCUCUACUAGAGACGGAUGAUCGUAAUAAGCUGCAGGAAUUUUUCUACCAGCAAAAAAGAAUGGACAUGCCACCAGUUAAUAAUGACGACGAGUCAACGAUGUUCGACUACUUCGUUGACAGCAGAGGUAGCUGGCAACACUGGAAGACAAAGGUGCCUGGGUUUGAGUAUCCCAGUAAUUUUACAGUUGCCUAUCCGACCAUUCUCGUGCCCAACGUGGACAACGUUAGAACUGAAUUCCUUAUCAAUGCUAUCUCAGCGAUGGGCAAGGCCGUCCUUCUAAUAGGCGAACAAGGCACUGCCAAGACUGUCAUCAUAAAGAAUCACUGCAAUAAAUAUGACCAGGAACAUCAUCUAUUUAAGAACUUUAGUUUUUCCAGUGCUACUACUCCAAUGAUAUUUCAGAGAACGAUAGAGAGUUACGUGGACAAGAGAAUAGGCAACAACUAUGGACCCCCGAAUGGGCGUAAAAUGACCGUGUUUGUAGAUGACCUGAACCUGCCAGUAGUUAACGAAUGGGGUGACCAGCCCACCAACGAGACCAUGCGACAGCUUCUAGAGAUGAAAGGAUUCUACAACCUUGAAAAACCUGGUGAUUUUACGAAGAUUGCUGAUGUACAAUUUGUGGCAGCCAUGAUUCAACCAGGUGGCGGAAGAAACGACAUUCCAUCACGGCUGAAGAGACAUUUCUCCAUCUUCAAUUGUACUCUACCCUCAGACCAAUCCAUCGAUCAGAUCUUCAGUGUCAUCUGCAAAGGACAUUUCCGCCAGGACCUGGGGUUCUCCAGGGAGAUUUGUAGGACGGCAGCUAAGCUUGUACCACUUACGCGGAGACUGUGGCAGAAUACCAAACAGUGCAUGAUGCCAACACCUGCCAAGUUUCACUACAUCUUCAACCUGCGUGAUCUCAGCCGCAUCUGGCAGGGAAUGUUGAAUGCCACAAGUGAGGUCGUCGCAGAGAAGGACAACUUGAUCAGGCUGUGGAAGCACGAGUGCACGAGAGUCAUUGCUGAUCGUUUUGUCUGCGAAGAUGAUACACGAUGGUUCCGCAGCGCUCAGCAAGAGUUGGUUGAGUCCAGCUUCAGUAAGGACGACAUUAAAGGAUCCAAGUCGGAUGUUUACUUCGCGGAUUUUCUGCGCGAAGCACCAGAACCAACAGGAGAGGAGGAUGCGGAUAUUGCCCUCGUUCCACCGAAGAUCUAUGAACCAAUCGAGUCAUUUGACAAGCUACGUGUUAAACUUCUCAGCUACGUGGGCCAGUAUAACGAGUCGACGAGGGGCGAUGGACUUGAUCUUGUCUUCUUUAGAGAUGCGAUGGUGCACAUGGUGCGGAUUGCACGCGUACUCGCCACCCCACAGGGAAACUGCCUGCUAGUCGGAGUCGGAGGCUGUGGUAAACGCGUUCUCACGAAGCUCGCCUCCUUUAUCAAUGGAUACCAAUUUCACACGAUCACCCUCGCAAGGGGCUACAACGUGUCAAACUUUCUCGAUGACUUGAAAGGUCUGUUUCGCAGAGCGGGAGUAGACGCAAAGAAGAUCACGUUCUUCUUCUGCGAGAAAGACAUUAAAGAUGAGUCAUUCAUGGAGUACAUGAACAAUAUACUGUCUUCUGGUGAGAUAUCUAACCUAUUCACGCGAGACGAGACGGAAGAGAUCUGUCAGUUCCUGACUCCCGUCUUUAAGCGCGAGAGACUCCGCACGAUGCUCACCACUGAGAACCUGUACGGCUUCUUCCUCGACCGCGUCAAGGCCAAUCUCCACAUCGUGCUCAGCUUCUCACCGGUUGGUGAGAGAUUCCGUAACUGGGCGCUGAAAUUCCCCGGCCUGAUCUCAGGCUGCACGAUGGACUGGUUCCAACGCUGGCCAAAAGACGCCCUAGUCGCGAUGUCUCAGCACUUCCUUGAUAACUUCAGCCUACUAUCAAACGGCGACACCCGAUCCUCACUUGUUGCCGCGAUGGCAGAUUAUCAGGACUUGGCCGUCGAUCUAUGCCAGAACUACUUCCAGCGAUUCCGCCGACAGACACACGUUACACCGAAGACCUAUCUGUCUUUUCUCAACAGCUAUAAGGAGGUGUACACGAACAAGCUCGAGGAGAUCAGCACUCUCUCUGCGCGAAUCAACAAUGGCCUACAGAAGCUGCAAGAAGCUACUGAGUCGGUCGAGGAGCUUUCGCAAGAACUGUUAGUUAAGGAACAGAAUCUACAAGUUGCCUCUGAGAAGGCUGAACAGGUUUUGGAAGAAGUGACAGAAAAGGCGACUCUGGCACAAAAUGCUAAGCGUCAGGUACAGCAGGUGAAGGAUCGUGCGCAGGCUCUCGUGGAUAGCAUCGCCGCCGAUAAGGGGGUCGCAGAGGAGAGGCUAGAGGACGCCAAGCCGGCAUUGAAGGAAGCCGAAGCCGCGCUACAAACCAUCCUGCCUGCGCACAUCGCCAGCGUACGCAAGCUCGGCAAGCCACCUAAUCUCAUCAUGCUCAUCAUGGACUGCGUGCUGCUGCUAUUCAAGAAGUCCGUAAUACGCGUUAUACCAGACAUGAAAACGCGAUGUGUGAUGCCGUCAUGGCAGGAGUCUCUCAAGUUGAUGAGUGGAACAGCAUUUCUCCAACAGCUGCUCAACUUUCCAAAGGAUACUAUCAAUGACGAGGUGACCGAACUGCUGGAGCCAUAUCUACGGCGUGAGGAUUAUAACAUUGUCGAGGCGCGCAGAGUGUGCGGCGACGUCGCGGGUCUCUGCUCCUGGACACGCGCCAUGGUCUUCUUCCACGGCAUCAACAAGGAGGCCUUGCCGCUAAAGGACAACGUGGCGAAGGCAGAGGCGCGGCUGCGCAAGGCUGUGGCAGACCUCGAUCAGGCGGAGACAGAGCUAUCGCAGAAGCAGCAGGAGCUGGACACUGUGAAGGCAAUGUACGAGUCUGCACUUCUCGAGAAACAGAGACUAGUAGACGAUGCAGCUCAGUGCAGGAGGAAGAUCGAGAAUGCCAAGGCUCUGCUGUUAGGUCUCUCCGACGAGAAGCUCAGGUGGACAGAAUCUAGCGGUACCUUCCGAUAUCCGCUGCUGAUUGAUCCUCAAGGCCAGGGCAAGCACUGGAUCAGAAACAGAGAAUCUGGCAAUAAUCUCCUGAUAACAAGCCUAAACCACCGGUACUUCAAAGUCAACCUAGAGGACUGCUUGAGCCAGGGUAGGCCUAUACUCAUCGAGAACCUGGGUGAGGAAAUUGACCCAGUUCUCGAUAACAUACUGCAAAAGAACUUCUACAAAGUGGGCGCUUUUCACAAGGUGUCUGUAUUGCUAUAG